AUGUCAGAAUUCACUAGUAUGAUACAUGUGAAGACACCUCCAAGACAUGCAUACAAACGCAAUAGUAAGAAAGCUUAUUUCUCUUAUUCUUUAAGAGAUCAAACAUUUCAGCAAGGGUAUCUUGGUGUCCAACCUUCGACAAUUCAAGGAAACUUUCAUCUUCGUUAUAAAACAACUAAACCACUAUUAGCAUAUAGUGUUGAUAUUUUUUUUAAAGGAAAAAUUAUGGUUGAAUGGAAUGAUGGUCAAAACGUUCAUUCUGGGUUCAAGACUUUGCUCGAACAUGGUGUUCGUGUCUGGUCAGCGGAACCGAUACAACAUCAUGAACCUUCUGCAGUUAAAACCACAAGAGGAAAAUUAAUGACAAAUUUGACACCACAGUCAACGAAUUAUGAUCGGAAUAGAAUGAUGCAUUUUGGUGAAAUCACAAAUUUGGAUUUGCCAUUUGAAUUUUUAAUUCCCAAUAACGCAUUGUCAUCGAUUAUACCAAUGAACAAAUUUGCUGCAAUAGGAAAGGUUUCAUAUUAUAUUAAAGCAGUAAUUUCUCGAUAUUUGCCACCAUACAAAUUUUUACGAAAAUCUUUGAAAAUCGUAGAAGUUCGGUGUCCAAUUACACGUUGGAAUUUACCGUUAAAUAUACCACCGCGACCUACAACGUUAACGAAAUCUAAUGAUUCACUUGAUUGCCAAAUAACUUUCAGACAGACAACUUUUAAAAAAGGAAGCUUGAUACUAGUUCCGAUUAAACUUAUUAUUCAUGAUCAAAAGACAUUUAUUAAAAAGAUUACUGUUGAACUUAAAGAAUGUCACUUAUUAAAAGUAAAACGUCGGGAUCAAAUUAUUGAAAGAUCUGUUAUUACAAGUAAGGCAUCAAGUGAGAAUCUCUCGUUGAUUCCAAAUACAACAAAUGAAUAUUAUAUAGAAAUGAAGUUGGAUAUGAAUCUAAUUGAUUCAAAACGUCCAUUAAAUGUGAGCAUGUCCAAUGAUACACCACCAUUAACUCGAUAUUCAGAUGUGGAUAUUGAAGUUACUCACAAAGUUAUUGUUAAAAUAUAUUUAAAAAAUGCAAGGGAUUUAAAGUUUGUUAAACCAAUUAGUAUUGUUAAUGCUAUUGAUGAAAAAGAAGCUGAGAAGCUAAUAUAUGAGUGGCCUAAUAUUGAUUCUGAGUGGAGAUAUGAUCAAUUAUUAAUACUUCCACAAUCUUCAUGA